GACCUGCGCUGGUCCCGGCGGGAAGCGGCGGCGCCCCUGCCCCGUCCCCGGGCUGCGGCCUCCGUGCGGCAGGGGACGUUCUGUUUGGAGCAGGGGGCACCAUGGCCAGUGGUAGCUGUCAGGGGUGCGAGGAGGAGGACGAGGAAACUCUGAAGAAGUUGAUAGUCAGGCUGAACAAUGUCCAGGAGGGAAAGCAGAUAGAGACCCUGGUCCAGAUUCUGGAGGAUAUGCUGGUGUUCACGUACGCGGACCACGCCUCCAAGUUAUUUCAAGGCAAAAAUGUCCACGUGCCCGUGUUGAUCGUCUUGGACUUGUAUAUGAGAGUCGCUAGUGUGCAGCAGGUGGGUUGGUCACUUCUAUGCAAAUUAAUAGAAAUCUGCCCAAAUACAAUGCAGAGCUUAAUGGGACCUCAGGAUAUUGGACAUGAUUGGGACAUACUGGGGGUUCACCAACUGAUUCUUAAAAUGCUAACAGUUCAUAAUGCCAGUGUAAACCUGUUGACAGUGGGACUGAAGGCCUUAGAUCUGCUCCUAACUUCAGGUAAAAUCACUUUGCUGAUAUUGGAUGAAGAAAGUGAUAUUUUCUUGUUAAUUUUUGAUGCGAUGCGCACAUUUUCAGACAACGAGGAAGUCCAGAAACUUGGAUGCAAAGCUCUACGUGUGCUGUUUGAAAGAGUUUCAGAGGAGCAGCUGACUGAAUUUGUUGAGAAUAAAGAUUAUAUGAUCUUGCUAAAUGCAUUAAAAAAUUUUAAAGAUGAAGAGGAAAUUGUGCUUCAUGUAGUACACUGUUUACAUUCCCUGGCAAUUCCUUGCAAUAAUGUUGAAGUCCUCAUGAGUGGCAAUGUCAGGUGUUACAAUAUUGUGGUAGAGGCCAUGAAAGCAUUCCCUGUCAAUGAAAAAAUUCAAGAAGUGAGUUGCUGCUUGCUCCAUAGGCUUACAUUAGGUAAUUUUUUUAAUAUUCUUGUAUUAAACGAGGUACAUGAAUUUGUAGUAAAAGCUGUGCGGAGGUAUCCAAAGAACGCCAAGUUGCAAAUUGCAGCACUCAGCUGUUUGGCACUCCUCACUGAGACCAUUUUCUUAAAUCAAGAUUUGGAGGAAAAGAAUGAGAAUCACGAGAAUGAUGAGGAGGAAGAUGAGAAAUUGUUUUGGUUGGAAGCCUGUUACAAAGCGUUAACGUGGCAUAGAAAGAACAAGCACGUGCAGGAAGCUGCAUGCUGGGCCCUAAACAAUCUUCUCAUGUACCAGAACAGUCUCCACGAGAAGAUCGGAGAUGAAGAUGGCCAGUUCCCAGCUCACAGGGAAGUGAUGCUCUCCAUGCUGAUGCACUCUUCGUCGAAGGAAGUCUUCCAGGCCUCUGCAAAUGCGCUGUCAACUCUGUUAGAACAAAAUGUUAAUUUCAGAAAAAUCCUCUUGUCGAAAGGAAUAUACCUGAAUGUAUUGGAGUUAAUGCAGAAACAUAUACAUUCUCCUGAGGUUGCUGAAAGUGGCUGCAAAAUGCUAAAUCAUCUUUUUGAAGGAAGUAAUGUUUCCCUGGACACAAUGGCGGUCGUGGCCCCCCAAAUAAUAACAGUUAUGAAAAGUCAUGAGGCAUCAUUAUCAGUGCAGCUGGAGGCACUUCGAGCCAUUUUACAUUUUAUUGUCCCAGGCAUGCCAGAAGAAUCCAAGGAAGAUAUGGAGUAUCUACAUAAGCUACAUACGGUUAAAAAACAGUGUUUCAGGAAUGAUAUUCAUAAACUGGUCCUAGCGGCUUUGAACAGGUUCAUUGGAAAUCCUGGGAUUCAGAAAUGUGGAUUGAAAGUAAUUUCUUCUAUAGCACAUUUUCCUGAUGCGCUAGAAGUAUUAUCCCUGGAAGGUGCUAUUGAUUCGGUACUUCAUACACUGCAGAUGUAUCCAGAUGACCAAGAAAUUCAAUGUCUGGGCUUAAGUCUUAUAGGAUACUUGAUUACAAAGAAGAAUUUAUGCAUAGGAACUGGGCAUCUGCUGGCAAAAAUUCUGGUUUCCAGUUUACAACGAUUUAAGGAUAUGGCUGAAGUACAGAUUAAAGGAUUUCAGACAGUCUUGACAAUACUGAAAUUGUCAGUGUCUUUUUCCACCCUGCUGGUGCAUCAUUCCUUUGAUUCAGUGAUAUUCCAUCAGAUGACUUCCAGUAUCAUGGAACAAAAGGAUCAACAGUUUCUAAACCUUUGUUGCAAAUGCUUUGCAAAAUUAGCUGUGGACGAUGAGUUAAAAAGUGUGAUGUUAGAGAAAGCAUGUGAUCAGAAUAACAGUGUCAUGGUCGAAUGCUUGCUUCUGUUGGGAGCAGACGCCAAUCGAACAAAGGACGCAACUUCUUUAAUUUGUCAGGUAUGUGAGAAAGCGAGCAGUCCCAAGUUGGUGGAAUUGUUGCUGAACGGUGGUUCCCGGGAACAGGAUGUCCGGAAAGCGCUGGCGAUAAGCAUCGGAAAAGGUGACAGCCAGGUCAUCAGCUUGCUCUUAAGGAGACUCGCCCUCGAUCUGGCCAACAAUAGCAUUUGCCUUGGAGGCUUCUGUAUAGGAAAAAUCGAACCUUCAUGGCUUGGCCCUUUAUUUCCAGAUAGGACAUCUAAUUUAAGAAAAGAAACAAAUAUAGGAUCCAUCCUAGCAAGAAUGGUGCUCAGAUAUCAGAUGAAAAGUGUUGUGGAAGAAGGAGCAACCUCAGGCAGCGAUGGGAAUUUUCCAGAAGAAGUACUUGAUAAAUUUGAUGAAUGGACCUUCAUUCCAGACUCUUAUGUGGAUAGUGUGUUUGGUCAAAGUGAUGACCUGGAUAGUGAAGGAAGCGAAGGCUCAUUUCUUGUGAAAAGAAAAUCCAAUUCAAUAAGUGUAGGAGAAUUUUACCGAGAUCGUGCCUUACAGCGUUGCUCACCAAAUUUGCAGAGACAUUCCAGUUCAUUGGGACCCAUUUUUGAUCAUGAAGAUUUAUUGAAGCGAAAAAGAAAAAUAUUGUCUUCAGAUGACUCACUCAGGUCAUCAAAACUUCAAUCUCAUAUGAGGCAUUCAGACAGCAUUUCUUCCCUGGCUUCUGAGAGAGAAUAUAUUACAUCAUUAGACCUUUCAGCAAAUGAACUAAGAGACAUUGAUGCCCUAAGCCAGAAAUGCUGUAUAAGUGGUCAUUUGGAGCAUCUUGAAAAGCUGGAGCUUCACCAGAAUGCACUCACGAGCUUUCCACAACAACUGUGUGAAAUCCUGAAGUGUUUGACACAUUUGGACUUGCACAGUAAUAAAUUUACAUCAUUUCCCUCUUACUUGUUGAAAAUGAAUUGUAUUGCCAACAUUGAUAUCUCUCGAAAUGACAUCAGCCCCUCAGUAGUUUUGGAUCCUGCAGUGAAGUGCCCAACCUUGAAACAGUUUAACUUGUCAUAUAAUCAACUUUCUUCUUUUCCUGAGAACCUUGGCGAUGUGGUAGAGAAAUUGGAACAGCUCAUUUUAGAAGGAAAUAAAAUAUCAGGAAUAUGUUCCUCCUUAAGCCUGAGGGAACUGAAGAUUUUAAACCUUAGCAAAAACAACAUUACAUCCAUAUCGGAAGACUUCCUUGAGGCGUGUCCUAAAGUGGAGAGCUUCAGUGCCAGAAUGAAUUCUCUUGCUGCUAUGCCUUUUUUGCCUUCUUCUCUGACAAGCCUAAAAUUGUCCCAAAACAGAUUUACAUGUGUUCCAGAAGCAAUUUUAAAUCUUCCACACUUACGGUCCUUGGAUAUGAGCAGCAAUGAUAUUCAGUGUCUACCGAGUCCUGCACACUGGAAAUCUUUGAACUUAAGGGAACUCUUGUUCAGUUUUAAUCAGAUCAGCGUCUUGGACUUGAGCAAAAAAGCGCAUGUGUGGUCAAGAGUAGAGAAACUACAUCUUGCUCAUAAUAAACUGAAAGAGAUUCCUCCUGAGAUUGGCUAUCUUGAAAACCUGACCUCUCUUGAUGUCAGUUACAAUCUGGAACUGAGAUCCUUUCCUAAUGAAAUGGGGAAAUUAAGCAAAAUAUGGGAUCUUCCUUUGGAUGAACUCCGUCUUAAUUUUGAUUUUAAACAUAUAGGAUGUAAAGCCAAAGACAUCAUAAGGUUCCUUCAGCAGCGGUUAAAAAAGGCUGUUCCCUAUAACCGAAUGAAACUUAUGAUUGUGGGAAAUACUGGGAGUGGUAAAACUACCUUAUUGCAGCAACUAACAAAAACCAAGAAAUCAGAUCCUGGGGUGCAAAGCGCCACAGUUGGCAUAGAUGUGAAAGACUGGCCUAUCCAAAUAAGAGGCAAAGGGAAGAAAGACCUCAUUCUAAAUGUGUGGGAUUUUGCAGGCCGUGAGGAAUUCUACAGCACUCACCCCCACUUCAUGACCCAGCGGGCCCUCUACCUGGCUGUCUAUGACCUCAGCAAAGGGCAGGCUGAAGUUGAUGCCAUGAAGCCUUGGCUCUUCAAUAUCAAGGCUCGUGCUUCUUCCUCCCCUGUGAUUCUCGUCGGCACACAUUUGGAUGUUUCUGAUGAAAAGCAGCGCAGAGCCUGCAUCGGCAAAAUCACCAAGGAACUCCUGAACAAGCGAGGGUUUCCCGCAAUAAGGGAUUACCACUUUGUGAAUGCCACGGAGGAGUCCGAUGCUUUGGCAAAACUUCGGAAAACCAUCAUAAAUGAGAGUCUUAAUUUCAAGAUCCGAGAUCAGCCUGUGGUCGGGCAGCUGAUUCCAGACUGCUAUGUAGAACUUGAGAAAAUCAUUUUAUCAGAGCGUAAAAAUGUGCCAAUUGAAUUUCCUGUAAUCGACCAGAAACGACUAUUACAACUCGUAAAAGAAAAUCAGCUGCAGUUGGAUGAAAAUGAACUUCCUCAUGCAGUUCACUUCCUAAAUGAAUCAGGGGUCCUUCUUCAUUUUCAAGAUCCAGCGCUGCAGUUAAGUGACUUAUACUUUGUGGAACCCAAGUGGCUUUGUAAAGUCAUGGCGCAGAUUUUGACAGUGAAAGUGGAAGGCUAUCCAAAACAUCCUAAGGGAAUCAUAUCACGUAGAGAUGUGGAAAAAUUUCUUUCAAAGAAAAAGAGGUUUCCAAAGAACUACAUGUCACAGUACUUUAAACUCCUGGAAAAAUUCCAGAUUGCCCUGCCAAUAGGAGAAGAAUAUUUGCUGGUUCCAAGCAGUUUGUCUGACCACAGGCCUGUGAUAGAGCUCCCCCAUUGUGAGAACUCUGAAAUUAUCAUUCGACUAUAUGAAAUGCCGUAUUUUCCAAUGGGAUUUUGGUCAAGGUUAAUCAACCGUUUGCUUGAAAUUUCACCUUACAUGCUUUCAGGAAGAGAACGAGCACUUCGCCCAAACAGAAUGUAUUGGCGACAAGGCAUCUACCUGAAUUGGUCUCCUGAAGCUUAUUGUCUGGUAGGAUCUGAAGUCUUAGACCAUCAUCCAGAGAGUGUCUUAAAAAUUACAGUUCCUUCUUGUAGAAAAGGCUGUAUUCUUUUGGGCCAAGUUGUGGACCACAUUGAUUCUCUCAUGGAAGAAUGGUUUCCUGGAUUACUGGAGAUUGAUAUCUGUGGUGAAGGAGAAACUCUGUUGAAGAAAUGGGCAUUAUAUAGUUUUAAUGAUGGCGAAGAGCAUCAAAAAAUCUUACUUGAUGACUUAAUGAAGAAAGCAGAAGAAGGAGACCUUCUCGUCAAUCCAGAUCAACCAAGGCUCACCAUUCCUAUAUCUCAAAUUGCUCCUGACUUAAUUCUGGCUGACCUACCUAGAAAUAUUAUGUUGAAUAAUGAUGAAUUGGAAUUUGAAGAAGCUCCAGAAUUUCUCUUAGGUGAUGGCAGUUUCGGAUCUGUUUAUCGUGCAGCCUAUGAAGGAGAAGAAGUGGCUGUGAAGAUUUUUAAUAAACACACGUCACUUAGACUGUUGAGACAAGUAAGAAAUCCAUUAUUGUUACAUUAAAUUGGACGUCUUAACCUCCUGGAACUCUGGUUUUGCAUGCGCUUGUGAAAAUGCAAAAUGAUCACAUUUCCCCCCAAAGUCUACCUGAGUUUAGUUAGGAAAUCCCAGUUUUGUCGCUUGCUUCAGCACGACAAGGCCAGUCUCACCAGAACCCUACAGCACAGGAUCGCACUCCAUGUGGCUGAUGGCUUGAGAUACCUGCACUCAGCCAUGAUUAUAUACCGUGACUUGAAGCCUCACAAUGUGCUGCUCUUCACCCUGUACCCCAACGCUGCUGUCAUUGCAAAGAUUGCGGACUACGGCAUCGCGCAGUACUGCUGUAGAAUGGGGAUAAAGACAUCAGAGGGCACACCAGGGUUUCGUGCACCUGAAGUUGCAAGAGGAAAUGUUAUUUAUAACCAGCAGGCUGAUGUUUAUUCAUUUGGCUUACUACUCUAUGACAUCUUGACAACUGGAGGUAGAAUAGCAGAGGGUUUGAAGUUUCCAAAUGAGUUUGAUGAACUGGCAAUACAAGGAAAAUUACCUGAUCCAGUUAAAGAAUAUGGUUGUGCCCCAUGGCCUAUGGUUGAGAAGUUAAUUAAAAAGUGUUUGAAAGAAAAUCCUCAAGAAAGGCCUACUUCUGCCCAGGUCUUUGACAUUUUGAAUUCAGCUGAAUUAAUCUGUCUGAUGAGACAUAUAUCAAUACCGAAAAACUUUAUUGUUGAAUGCAUGGUUGCUACAAAUCAUAACAGCAAGAGUGCAGGCAUCUGGCUGGGCUGCGGGCACACCGACAAAGGACAGCUCUCAUUUCUCGACUUAAAUAUGGAAAAACACACUUCUGAGGAAGUUACUGAUAGUAGAAUACUGUGCCUAGCUUUGGUGCAUCUUCCUGUUGAAAAGGAAAGUUGGAUUGUGUGUGGGACACAGGCUGGCGUGCUCCUGGUCAUCAGCACCGAAGAUGGAAAAAAGAGACACACCCUUAGAAAGAUGACUGAUUCCGUGACUUGCUUGUAUUGCAAUUCCAUUUCCAAGCAAAGCAAGCAAAAAAAUUUUCUUCUGGUGGGAACUGCUGAUGGCAAUUUAGCAAUUUUUGAAGAUAAAACUGUUAAGUGUAAAGGAGCCGCUCCUUUGAAGAUACUAAAUAUAGGAAAUGUCAGUACUCCACUGAUGUGUUUGAGUGAAUCCAUGAAUUCAACUGAGAAAAACAUUAUGUGGGGAGGAUGUGGCACAAAACUUUUCUCAUUUUCUGAUGAUUUCACCAUUCAGAAGCUCAUUGAGACAAAGACAAAUCAGCUGUUUUCUUAUGCAGCUUUCAGUGAUUCCAACAUCAUAGCUGUGGUGGUAGACACGGCUCUCUACGUCGCUAAGAAAAACAGCCCAUUUGUGGAAGUAUGGGAUAAGAAGACUGAAAAACUCUGUGAACUAAUAGACUGUGUGCACUUUUUAAAGGAGGAAAUGGUAAAAGCAAACACGGAAUCAAAACACAAAAUGUCUUAUUCUGGGAGGGUGAAAACCCUCUGCCUGCAGAAGAACACCGCCCUCUGGAUAGGAACCGGGGGAGGCCGUAUUUUACUCCUUGACCUCUCAACGCGCCGAAUUAUACGUAUUGUGCACAAUUUUUGUGAUUCUGUCAGAGUCAUGAUGACAGCACAGUUAGGAAGCCUUAAAAAUGUCAUGCUGGUUUUGGGGUAUAUCCGGAAAAGUACAGAAGGCACACAACACCAAAAAGAGAUACAAUCUUGUUUGUCUGUUUGGGACAUCAAUCUUCCACAUGAAGUGCAAAACUUAGAAAAACAUGUUGAAGUGAGAAAAGAAUUAGCUGAAAAAAUGAGAAGAAUAUCUGUUGAAUAAGAGGGAUGUUUGAGACCUUUGCCUUUGGAUGGGAAAAUUAUUCCCUGUAAAUAUUUCUUUAAAAAUGUUUACAUAUGAAAAGGGCACUUCUGCUUUUUUUUGAAAAAGCUCCUGUGUAUAUGAU